AUGAGGAGGCACAGCGAGGCAGACAUGGAGGAGCAGGUCCAGGAGCUGAAGACCAUCACUCAGCUCCAGGAGCAAUGUCGGUCGCUCCAGAUGCAAGGGGUGAAAGAGAAAACGACCCAGAACAAGGUGACGCUGGCCCUCCUGCGCAGCAACAUCCGCCGCGGGGCCCAGGACUGGGCUUUGGCCAAGAAGUACGACCAGUGGACCAUCUCCAGGGCCUGCGGGGAGGACGCGCCCAUGCGGCUGGCGCACUGCCGCAGCACUGUGGAGGCGGCGCGGGAGAAGCUGCGCAAGCACGUGUUCGACCGCGUGAACGCGCACAACGCGCUGGCCCACGUGGCGCGGCGGCGCGGGCAGCGGCUGGAGAGCCUGCAGCUGGAGCUGGCCCGCCUGCGGAGCCUGCCCGACGCCACCAAGGAGCAGCUGCGGCAGCGGCAGAUGAUCCGCCAGCUGGAGAACAGCAUCGAAAAGACGACGGUCAAGAUCACCACGAGCCAGAAAAUCCACCUGCUGUACGUGGACCUGCUGGAUUACCUGAAGAAAGUGCUGGAAGGAUAUCCCACAGAGUUGGACAAGCUGCAGAACCUCGUGUCUGACUACUGCUCAGAGCUGUCAGAUAUGACAGUCAUGUCCCAAGACGCCAUGAUGAUUACAGAUGAGGUCAAGAGGAACAUGAGGCAAGGGGAGGCGACCUUCAUCGAGGAGCGCAGGGCGCGGGAGAAUCGGCUCAACCAGCAGAAGAAGCUCAUCGACAGGAUCCGCACCAAGGAGACCAGCGAGAAGUACCGCCGGGGCCACACGGACUUGGACUUCCCCACCAAUCUGAUGGGCUCGGAAAUCAUGAGAGUGAGGAAAAAAGAGACCUCCAGAACCGAUAUUGAAUACCAGACAGAUGUGACUGCUUUUGUGGAGAAGGUCAAGUCUGCUGUGCGGUGCUCUCACCUCUGGGACAUCACCGGCCAGUUCCUGGCCCAGAGGAACACCGAGAAGAACUUGGAGCUGCAGAUGGAGGACUGUGAGGAGAGGCGGGUGCAGCUGGAGGCCCUGAUGAAGAAGCUGGAACUUGAGGACGCAAUGCUCAAGUUCCACCAGAGGCCCAGCUCCAUCAGCUUUCCGUCCAUUGAGGAGAAGAUAAAGGACAUGCUGAAAGAGGAAGAAGAAAGGCUGCAGCUGGCCUACACCAACAUGACCAAGAGCCAGCAGCUGCUGCUGACCAUCCAGACGGGCAUCGACAACCUCUACAUCCGGCUGAUCGGCGUCUCCUUGCCCAGGGCCCAGAAAGAAGUGGCACCUUCCGACACCACUGAUCUGUACAGCAAGCUGGCAUACUGUGAGGGGAAGCUCAUGUGCUUGGCCGACAGAGUGCAGGCAAUGUCCAGGACUGAGGAGGUCCACACGAAGGUGAGUGACGCCCUGGAGUCCUCGACUCUGAAGGAGCAGCACAACACCAGGAUCAGCUUUGAGGACCUGGAGGAGGACAUGAUAGAAACCUUCCAGUUCGCUGACGUGGACCACAGCUACGUCCCUUCGCGGGCCGAGAUCAAGAAGCAGGCCCAGCGGCUGAUGGAAGGGAAGCUCAGGGCGGCCAGGAAGAAGAAGUAG